UCCAUGGUAUACGGAUGACAGUUGAUUGAGAAUACGUGUUGGAAAUUGGAGUGUGGGACGUGGAUGUUGCGGAGGAUACUGGCAAAAAUGGCAACAUUAAAAGUGCUGAAACUGUUUUUAUUAAGUCUGUCUCCUUUCGUCUGCUUUCCGAUAUUGAUACAAGGUGAGGUUGUUCAUAUCACAGUGCUGACCGUGGGAUACACCGAUGUAGAUACGUCGAGCAAUUUGCAGUAUCAAUGUUACCGCAGUGAACCAGAUGCAGACGCUACACUAUCAUUUGGUCGAUCAGCACCCAUAACAACAGACAGAUCACCACCAGACGAUGUGCCACAUCCAUCAGCGGACAAUGCAUUCAUCAGACGGGUCAUAUUCCCCACAGGAGAUGGAUGGGAUAGAGAUGGUUUCGGUCCUUUCUACUGUGAGGCUUCUAAAUCUGAUCGAGAUGUUACAAGGGUUUCUUCAUUUUUCCAACGUAGUGAUGUUAAUGUGAAUGACACUGAGGUGAUGAUCAGCAUGACUAGUCGUAGUAAUCCUGAUGCGAGUGCCAAUGUGAUUACUUGGAUGAAAGAUGGAAGUGAGGUUCUUACAUCAUUUGGUGGGCAGACUCAAAUCAGCUUCCCAAACCCAAUCCAGACAUCAGAUCAAGGAAUCUAUGAGAUCUACUAUAAUAACGAGAGGGAUCAAAAUAGAGGAGGAUUAUACAGACUCAUCGUCGGAGAAUGCCCUGCUGGUAAGUGGGGUCCAUCUGAGUGUUAUGGUAUCUGUGAUAAAUGCUACAAUGGUGGAGUCUGUGACGACAAGUCUGGUCUAUGUAUCUGUCCUAACAACUUCAAUGGAACGAAUUGUUUAGAAAAAAUGGAGGUGGAAAUCGAUUUGGAUUAA